CCCGGAUCUUAGGUGCAGCUGUAUAAAAGCGAUUUCUGCAGUCGUGUACGUUCAAAGAGAAUAAGCACGACCUGCAGAAAACGCCUUGAUUGAGACUGCAAGUGUACUGAAGGAUGGGUUAUCGAGAAGUGAGUCCAGAACUUGAGGCGAUAUCAGUGAAGGAGCUGAAUGAGGACCCCAAGAGGAGAGACCAGGACAUCCAGCACAUCAAGGACUGGCUGAGCAAGCAGCCGCACCUCAGGGCACGUGACGAUGACCAGUGGAUUUUGACGUUCCUGCGUGGCUGCAAGUUCUCCUUGGAGAAGACGAAGCAGAAGCUGGAUAUGUUCUAUACGCUACGGUCCGCCCUUCCAGAUAUAUUCAUCAACCGGGAUCCAUUUUCACCAGAAGCCCAGAAAUAUCUGUCUUCAGGGGUAGUGGUGGAGCUGCCUCGGAGAUCGCCAGAGGGCCGCCGCGUUAUCAUCUGGAGGCCCCGCCUCCUGGCCCCUGGAUCUCUGUCAGCGGAGGACGUCAGCAGGGUGAACUUCAUGAACGCCGAUGCGACGCUGCACGAGGACGACGCGACCGUCAUCUGCGGGGAGGUCACCAUUCAGGAUUUCCAGGGUACCACCAUGGCCCAUUUCCUCUCCUGGACGCCUUGGCAGAUGAAGCGUAUCACCACUUGCUUCCAGGAUGGUUACCCGCUGAGACCGAAAGGAUUCCAUAUGAUUAAUGUUCCAUCGGGCUUCGAGAAACUCUUCUCCUUAUUUGAACAGUUUUUCAAGGAGAAGAUACGGAAAAGGAUCUUUGUCCACGCCAAUCUGGAGUCUCUCCACAAACAUGUGCCGAAGGAAAUACUGCCGGAGGAAUAUGGAGGAGACGCCGGACCGAUCGACAACAUACAAAGUGAGUGGAGAAGCCGCAUCGAGAGGAACGCAGCCUUCUUCAAGGAGGACGACAAGUACGGAGUGGACGAGUCGAAGCGACCCGGGAGGCCCAAGACGCAGACCGACCUGUUUGGUGUCGAGGGAUCCUUCCGGCAGCUAGCCGUAGACUGACGGAACGAGAUGGGCGCUUCCUGUAUCUAUGUCCCACCGUCGACGCUCCGCUAUUGCUUGAGGAACAGCAUGUGGUAUAUUUCCGGGUUUCUGUCAAUGUAUCUCUUA